ACGCGACACAACGCACCUCUGACAUGUGACCGAGAGCAUGGAAGAUUGUGAUCUUGCCCAAUACCGCGAUAUGAUCAUCGAGGGCGAACUGCCGCUGGACCUGCGGCCGCCGCCGCGCCUCUACCUGCCGCACUACCUGCGCGACGAGCGCGACCAGGAGUACCCGCCAGACGACACCUACGUCUCCGUAGACGAGGACACCCCCGAGCCGCCGCCGGCGUCCAGCGACUCCGAGAGAUACGACGCCUCCAGUCCAACCGAAUCCAAACCUUCCACACCAAAGAAGCCAAAGCAGAAGUCUUCAUCACAACUCAUCAAGCCGCCUUACUCCUACAUCGCACUCAUCACGAUGGCCAUCCUUCAGUCUCCACACAAGAAACUAACGUUGAGUGGUAUCUGUGAGUUCAUCAUGACGCGGUUCCCGUACUACAGGGAGAAGUUUCCCGCCUGGCAGAACUCCAUCAGGCAUAACUUGAGUUUGAACGAUUGUUUUAUAAAAAUCCCGCGGGAGCCGGGAAAUCCGGGGAAGGGGAAUUAUUGGACGUUGGAUCCUCUGGCGGAGGAUAUGUUUGAUAACGGGAGCUUCUUGAGGAGGAGGAAGCGGUACAAGCGGCCGGCGCCGUCGCUGCAGCACGCGCACGCCGUGGUGGCGAUGCUGGCGCGCGAGGCGUACGCGCCGCUGCUGCCGCUGCCGUGCUACCUGCCGCCGGCGCCACUGCUGUCGCUGCCGCGCCCGCCGCCCUCCACGCUGCGGCCCGUGCCGCUGCCGCCGCGCGUCUCCGAGACCACCGAGCCACGAAGUAAGAGAUCUCGAAACGGAUUUUCCAUCGAAUCCAUAAUCGGUUCCCAGGACAGUCAAAUGAACUCGGAGCCGAGGAGAAGCGCCUUCUCACCUCUUCACCAGAACAACUGUCCGCCGGACGACUGGGCGAGAUGAAUGUAUCUAAACGGGUACGGUUCCAGUCCAUCCCCGUUUUGAAUCGUCCCGUCGGACGCGUGACGCUCCGAUUGACUGAAGUGAUUCCGAUAAGAUUGAGGUGUUCCAAUAGUGAGUCAGAAACUUAUUGUAGGUGUAUGAUGUACAUUUUUGGAGGGGUCAAAUAUCAAUUUCCAAAUUGCGUUGGAAUUGCCAAAUAAUUAAAUAGUUACCAUUCCAUUAAUCAAUUCAUAAUGUCCAAAUGUGUGAUCUUUUUAGCUGAAAUAAUUGUGUACAGAAUAUUUUAUUUUUAGAAGUUGAAGAAUGUCUGAAUUUAAGUUGAUUGUUUUUUUAUGCGACGGAUAUGCAGCUACGUAUAAUAAGUGUCGUCAAAAUUAAAUGACACAGCAGCGAUUUUUAGGUACGCAAAUUAUAGUUUAUUGUGUCACUGAAAUGGGUUUAUAGAAAUUAUUUUCUUUAAAAUACUUUAAAAAAAUUACAGAUUUCAAAAACAAGAUGCAUUUUAGAAAUCGACUUUAUCUCUGAUACGAAAUCCGUUUCAUGAUCUUGAUCAUCAUCAUUUUAUUAAAUAAAAGCUGCUUUCCGAGCAAAAAUGUUGUGUAAAUGAUUUCAACAGCUUUCCAAACCGAUAACAAUGUAAUUAAUACUUGUUUUUUUUUUAGUUUUUAUCAAAAAGAUAGUGAUCUAUAAAUAAGUCUAGUCAUUCUAUGUACAAAGUAGUGUGGAGUUGUAAAAUGUAAGUAUAAUCUAAGGCUAUUGUAAAUAUUAACUUUACCUUUGUAAGUAAUAACCGUCAGUCGACAUUAAAUGCAGUGAAUAUCAGUUGUUAUUUCAACGGCGCAUUAUUGUGUAAUAAUAUUGGUUAGUUACAUUAUUAGACCACGUAUUGAAAUUACAAAAUAUACCUAAAGGAUAAAACCAAAUAAUAAAAGCAGCGACAGAAGCAAUAGAAUUUUACCAUUCAGUUAAACAUAUUUUUUGACGAUAAGGUUUCUAUUUUUUUUUUAUAAUUUGUUCAUGUUCAGUUUCAGUUCAGUUAAUUUUUUGAAAUCUUUUUAAAAUCGGAAGUGCCAAAAAGUGCUCCUUAUUCACUACUUUUAAUAUCUAUUGUAGGAAUUGCAAUAUUUCUUGUAAAAAACACUGAUUUGGUUCUAAAAUGGACCGUGCUGUAUCUAACUGUUAUAAUAAACUGUAGCUAUUUUGUGUAACAUCGUAUUUUUAAGGGAGAAAUAUAACAUAAUGUGAAUUAUA